GAAUAUGACAACAUACAAAACCAACAUAAUUCUCAAUCUUCAGUCAAUAUAAAUGGAAAAUUGUAAACAAACAAAAACUGUACGAAUCGCAUUUAAUUUAAUACAUACAACAAAAAAUCUGGAAACAAAGUGAUUUCUCGGAAACAUUAAACGCAUGAAGUCACGUGUAACGAAAAUGCAAAUUGCACAAGUUGUGUUAUCUCAUAACAAGAGCUGCAUUUCACUGGAUUCAGUUUGAUAGCAAGAAAAUAGAUACAACAGGUCAAAAAUGAGUACACCUUUUCCUAUCAUAGAUCUGAGCAAAAUAGGCCUACAGAGGAAGCUCAGUGAUAUAGACAGACAUGCCCUUGAAACUGUAGCAGACCAACUUAAAAAUAGUUUUUGCAAAUUCGGGGCGUGUUACGUCACAAACCAUGGCAUUGAGUAUGAAGAAAAAUACGUGAAAAGCUUUGAAAAAUUCUACAAACAGCCACUUGAGGUGAAGACACAACAUCUUCGCGGAACGCGGCGUGAUUUUGGUUAUUCACCAAUAGGGCAGGAAAAAGUAAACCUUGAGAGACCUGGAGACCUAAAAGAGUGUUUCAAUUACCAGCCGGCAGACGAUCCGAAUGAUUGGAAGAACAACGACUUUCCGUCUGCGUGUAGAGAAAUGUUUAAUGACUGUGAGAUACUAGGAUACCGUGUGCUUGAUGCACUUUCCAUAGCGCUUGGUCAAAACCAAACAUUUCUAAGAGAAGGGCACAGAAAGAUUGGUACACUUGAAAACCCUACAACGUUAAGAACGAUAUACUAUCCUCCAAUCACGACAAUAGAUUUAGGACUUAGUCAAUUUCGUUUUGGUGAGCAUUCAGAUUACGGAACAAUAUCAUUUGUGUUUCAAGAUGACGCCGGCGGACUGGAGAUCAAUGUCAAAGAUAAAGGCUUUGUACAGGCAAUACCAGUUCCACGGACCCUUCUUUUAAUUGCGGCUGAUUUACUACAGCGUUGGACUGAAGACAGCAUCCCUGCUUUGGUACAUAGGGUGGUGAUUCCAGAAGAAGAAGAAAUGAAAAGGAAGCCUCGGCGAUCGGCUAUUUUCUUUAUAUUACCAGAUUUUGAUUUCUUGGUGAGUCCUAUGUAUGGAUCAACGAAGUAUACACCAAUCACGUGCUUGGAAUAUUUACAACCGAAAGCGGAGGCCCUUGCAGGCGUUAAAUACUAGGAAUGCUUAUUGCUCAACUGUAUUUUAAUUGAAAGAAAUAGUUUCCAAAUUUAACACCGCCUUGUAAACUAUUAGAUAAUACAGUUGUUUUUGUAUAAUAUUAUUAAAUCAAAAUGGCCACGCUUGUAAUCCAGAUACGUCUAGAUGCAUUCAUACCUUUUUCAAUCAUCUUACUUAUCAAAUAACAACGUAUGGACAGAUAUAUUGCAUUAUCUAUGCUCAUUUAAAAAUGAUUUCGACGAAAAAUUAUUUUGAUUUUUGCUGUUAUUCACAUAAACGAAGUUGUUAGUAAAACCGUGUAUACAUAUACAUGUAUACAGAAAUAUCAUUUCAAUCGGAAGAUUAGCAUGUUAACUGCUAUUAUCUAUAAUGAUAGACUAAUCCAUAAUAAGUUAUUAUAAUAAGGCAAAUUUACCGGAUAUAUCGUGCUUUCUGCUUAUGUAGUUGCUUAUGUAGACUAAGAUAACAAAAUGCUCAUUGUAGCAGAGUCAUUGUGGUUUUGGUUUGUAAAUAGACAGAUUGUUUGGGUUUAUGUAUCGGAGAUAUCGGUUGUUAAAUCGGCAGUAAGACUUCAGGACUAAUAGUGAAGUUUAAUCAUGGAAGAAUUUUGUGUAUAACAAUCAACUAAACAUUGUUUAAAUACAUACAUGAAUUACUAAAUCUUAAGUAACAUAAAUUUUUUAAAUACAUGAAAAAUCGGGGCUGUUAUACAAAUUACAUGAACGCUCUAUGUUUUGAAAUUAUCGCGGUUGAUGUAAACAUAUAUUUUUCUAGACUAUAGAGAUAUAAAGAUAUUUCUCUGUUAAUUCGAUUUCUUUAUGCUCUUCCAUUAUUAUUGUGGCGGCUAUUUGUAUAUAGACUUUUUUGUUCUUUUAAUGUAUACACUCUAUAUGUCGGGAUUAUUGUUGCUAUUAUCUUCUUUAAAACUUAUUUAUACUUGUACACUCUAUAAACAGGAACGAAAUAAAUAGUAAGUGCAACAUAUGUUCGUUCAUGUAUAUUCACUUAUUCCAUGAUGUCCAACAGUCAUAUGAAAGUCUAGAAUGUUCAUCUUAUAAAAUUUUCAUGCGUGUAGGUAUAAAUGUAUAUAUAUAUAUAUUUUAUUUUUUUUGAUACAAUGGCAAAUUUGGACAAAUCUCAGUACAACUAACCGUUGGUUUGUGUGACCUAACGAGAGUAGUUUUAAUGUUUGUUUUUAUGACAAUAAUCAAAAUGGCAAGUUUUUGCUUUUUGUUUGUGUUUUGCUCUACAAGGAGAAAUAAGAAAAACGUAUUACAAGCAUGCCCAGUUAGUCAUGUAAAUUCAUAUUACGUCAUUUUUUCAGAGAUAUCGCGAUGCAAAUUUGUCAACAGUUAAAAGAUAUUCAGAGGAACAUCUUGAUCAUGACAAUAAAACUCAUAGAAAUAUUCAAAACCAAAUAAAUGCGAAUCUGGAUUAAAAAUUUCAUAUAAAAGGCUUUUUAAACUACGUAUCAGAUUUCCAAUAUUUCGUUUAUGUCUUUCGUAUGUUCUUUUUCACUUUAAUGUAAAAUUAUCUAAGGACAACUCGGUCACACAUAUUUGAAUGUUUUUGAUGUACUUUUACCAAGGUCAGUUGAAAUUUACUGCGCAGUGCAUUUCAUGUUCAUGGUUAUUUGCAUGCACGCAUUAAAAUAAAGAUAGAACAUUGAUAAAUGAUCUAGUCUUCACAUGUUCAGGGAAAAUUGACAUUUUAUAUAACCCGAGUACAUUAAUCAUAUCAACGCAUGUUUAAGUUUUUGUAUUGUGAUUAUAUUAUGUAACUAUCUAGAAUCAAAUAUGAAUACAAGAGCAGACAGAGGAGACAGCACGCUCGACUUUUUACACACUAGACGUAGUGAAGAAAGACCAAACUAUUAACAAAUCAAUAAUGAUAGGAUAUUAAUGUAUUUCUAUAUCAGUAUCAAGAAAACACUCAAAUGUUCAACUUUUUUACCAUAUAAUAUACAUGUGACCAUGUCAGAAGUUUCUAUAUUGUAAUGAAAUAGACAUCAAAGAUAAACCUAAAGACAUUCCUUUCAGUUCAAGAGCAAAACGUACAUGAAUAUAACAACUUUAAGUACAAUUUAAAAUUAUAAGAUCAAAUAGGAAAUACCGCUUGAAAUAAAGAUACUAGAGCUACAAAUCUUGUCAUAAAUGAUGUAAAUUAUGACAAAAACAUGUAUCUUAAGUCUGUAGUUACAAACGAUUAUCAUCUGGAGAUCAAUGUCAAAGAUAAGGGCUUUGUACAGGCAAUACCAGUUCCGGGGACCCUUCUCUUAAUUGCGUGUGAUUUACUACAGCGUUGGACUGAAGACAGCGUCCCUUCUGUGGUACAUAGGGUGCUGAUUCCGGAAGAAGAACAAAAGAAAAGGAAGCCUCGGUAAUCGUCUGUCUUCUUUAUAGUACCAGAUCUUGAUUUCUUGGUGAGGCCUAUGUAUGGAUCAACGAAGUAUACACCAAUCACGUGCUUGGAAUAUUUACAACCGAAAAUGGAGGCCCUUGCAGGCAUUAAAUAUUAGGAAUGGAAUGCCUAUUGAUCAACUGUAUUUAAAUUGAAAGAACUAGUACCCAAACUUUAGAGCGCCUAUUAAAAUUUUUGAUAAUACAGUUUUUUAUAAUAUUAUUAAAUGUUAAUGGCUAUUUAUUCAUUUUCAUGCUUGUAAUCUAGUUAUGCGUUAAUACUUUUUAUAAUCACCUUACUUUAUUCAAAUGCUAACAUGUGAGCCACUGAUAUUGCACUGAUAUAUUUUCUUUACUUAAGCUCAUUCGACGUUAAAUUAAUUUGAUAAUUGUUUAUUGAUUCAUGGCUGUUAUUCACAUAAACGAAGUUGUAAGUAAUACCAUGGUAACAUAUAUACAGAUAAAUCAUUUCAAUCAGAAGAUUAGAAUAUUAACUGCUAUAAUAUAUAAAGAUAGACUUAUCCAGAUUUAUAUCGUGAUUCUUGUAUAUGUUGACUCAGAUGAAAAUAUGGUAUUUGUAGCUAUUGUGGUUUUGGUUUGUAAAUAGACAGAUUGUUUGGGUUUAUGUAUCGGGGAUAUCAGUUGUUACAUCGACAUUGAGAGUACAGGAUUAAAGGGAAGUUUCAUCAUCAUAUGAGAAGAGUUUUAUUAUGACAAUCAACUAAGCACUGUAUAAAUAUAUGGAUGAAUUACUAAAUCUAACUAAAUCUAAUUUAACAUAAAUGUUCAAUAUACAUAAAUAAUCGUGGCUGUUAUAUACUUUACUUGUAUCUUAAAGCAACAUGAACGCUCUAUGUUUUAGAAGAAUCACAGCUUAUGUUUGUAAA